AUGUAGACACUAAUUUAAAUUUGUCUAUUAUACAUACCCCUAUCUAUCGUAUUUCUAAAGAAAAUUUUAAAGAAGAUUGAAUGCUAUCAUUAUUAUAUUAAUAAAUUAAGCGUAAUAAAUAGGAAAUAAAAAUAGGAAUGCAAUUAUUAUUUAAUUAAAAUAAUUUAGAUAAACUAAUUGUUAAAAGAACUAAUUAAAAAACCAGAUUGUUUUAAUACCUUCAUAUUAAAAAAUAUAUCAAACAAAAUUAAAAUAAUUCAAUAAAGAUAGAUAUAUUUAAAAAUGGAGUAUUUUUUUGAUGAAUUAGAUAUUGAGACCUAAAAAAAUUUAAUAAAAUUUUUAAAUAUCAAAGAAGAUGUUUCCUUAAUAGAUUAAGCUGUUAUUUUUAAUAUAGAAAGGAAAUAUGAAUAUACAUGGGCUUAAAAGCUGUUCUAAUCAACUAUUGAUCCUUCUCAUUUCAUUUUAAACUUUCCUUCAACAGGAAAAAAAUACAUUUUCCUAAAUAAAAAUAUGAAAUACACAAAAAAAAUUUUUUUAAAUGAAUAAAUAAUAUACGAUGAUAGGUUAUUCAGCGUCAUAUAUUGUUUUAAUUUAAUUCAUAUUGAAUAUAGCGGAGGAGCAAAGCAUUUCAUAAAAGCUUUGAGCUUAAAUCAAGAUUUGAAAGAUUUAAAAAAUAUGAAAUGGAGAUAAAGUGGAACUAACUGGGGAAAAGCAACUUUGUAUUCUAGAUACUAUUAGCACUGUGAAGCUAAUUGUUUAGGAAGCUGUAGUAAGUGUGUUUAUUUUUUAUAAGAAGAAGAAUUAAAAAAUUCUUUUAUUCCUUAUAAAAUAGAAUAAAACCCUAAAAUCAUCUUUGAAAAUACUUUAUUUGAAAUUGCUAAACGCUUUAAUGAUUAUUUAUGA